AUGAGCAGCAGUUUACAAUUUGGUUAAGACUAUAAAUAAAAUGUCUUAUAACAAGCCUAUUAAUUGCCUACAAAAUUUGAUUAAAAUUAUUUAAAACCUAUUAAGUUAAAUAAUGGAGCAAAAUUAACAAACCCAUAUAAAAGAGUGACAGGAAUAGAAAAUAAUUGUGCAUUGAAGGCAGCUUUUGCUGCAGGUGGUGGUUGGGUUAUGGGCUUUGGUAUGGCGAUGUUUAUGAAUGCAGUUGAAAUGAGAGAUAUUGAAUAAAUUGGAAGUGGAAGAGUAUCUACUAAAAUGACUAUUGCUAAAGAUUUAAGAAAAAUUAAAGGCACUGCAAGAUCUUUGGCUAUAUUUGGUACAUUCUUCUCUGUUUUUGAAUGCUAAGUUGAAAAGUUAAGAAUUAGAGAUGAUCCUAUUAAUGGCUUUUAUUCUGGAGCCUGCACAUCGAUGAUUAUUUCUAUGAAUUUACUGAGAGGCAAAAGCUUAUUGUGGGCUGGAUUUACAGGAGGUAUUAUGGGUAUAGGAUUUUAUUACAUAGGAUUUUUGAUGAUGCAUUGA